AUGUUCGCUCCACCAGGUGCCCCAGAUGUCUUCACCCUGGCAACAUUCGCUUACCAAGUUUAUGACACCUACAAAGGCGCUCCAAAGAGGUUCAAAGAUCUCACAAGUGACAUCAAAGGACUUGAGAUCCUCCUCCGGAGACUUGGGAACAGACUUGCCCUCCAACAGGAGGAUAUCACUGGUCAAGACCGGACUUUAUUAUCGUCUGAUGAAGCUGCAGGCUUGGAACAGCUUGUCAAACAAGCUGGAAACUUGUUAGAAGAUUUGCAGCAGAAACAAGGACAUGUAUCAGCUCCAAGAGGAUUGAGUCGAUUUAGGUGGUCGCAAAAGGAAGUGGACUCUGUGAGGUCGAGAAUUACGUCUCUUUGUGCGAUCAUUGGAGCAUUCAACAGUGGUUUAGCGCUUCCUAAUAUUGCGUCGAGAGUUCCCGUGGUCGACAAACAACAAGAAAUCUUGGAUAAGUUAGAUGACUUCCUUCUGAGUCUCAACAAGAACAGCCUCUCAUCUACCAUCUCUUUGGCUGAUUCGAGCAGCCCAACCCUUACUGAAAACGAAAACGAGGUGGACUCGGAAUGGCCCAAGCUAGUCCGCCGAAUGACCGAUUUCGGUAUAUCCGAAGCAGAAGCAGAGCAGAAUCAAGACCUCAUUCUGAAAUGGACAGCUAAUGCAUCUAAGCCCACGGCUUCACCUCCCCUCGAGCAAUCACCAACUACCAACUCUCUUAUGGGAAGUGCAGGGGCCGACUCAAUCCUAGGAGCGCACAAAGAAGAGAUUGAAGUCAUUUCAGCCGUAUACGGACCCAAAAUUGUCACAGACAAUAUCAGACAUAUUAUCAACGCACACUCAGGUCUCAAGCAGACCAGAGUGGUAUUCUCAGCCUCGAACGAGACAUUUGGUGGAGAUCCUUGGCCAAACUGCAUCAAGGCGUUCUCAAUGGUCUGGCGAAAAGUGAUCCGACUCGAUUAUGGAAACCUUUAUUCAGCUCCUCAGAAACUGUUCGCUGAGGAAGGCGAACUGCUUACCAUCGAUCUCUCAAUUCCACUCCCUUACCACGAGAGCUCGGAAACAAAUAAACGGGGUUCGAUCUACAUUUUGAAUGCAAGCUGGCAUAACGUCGACGUCACGGAACAUGUUGCGUCGAUAACGGAGAAUGAUCCUCGACCGGAUAUCAUGGCAUCGACUCAUGAGUUCUUCAGAAUGGACCCGUGCUAUGGACACAAGAAGGUCAUGUCCGUGACGUGGACGUACUCGGAUACCGCGGCGGCACUAUCGCAUUGCGAGGUGAAGACUGUAACUGAGAAUUCUUCGAUCCAAAUCCCUCCAUUCCUGGAUAUUAUUUGUGCGAGCUGGGGUGGGCUGGACAUUACGAAUCUUGUUCGAGCGAAGAUCACACCUCAGCAGACAUUACAGUUUGACACGAAGAAUAUCUGGGCCUUGGCAUCUCCCGAUCCGUUACCUGGAUGGCAGAAGACAAUUUCGAUACUGUAUCAGUAUGGGUCUUUGGAACCGAUGCAAAUGCUGGUUACAGGCGAGGACUCUAGCUAUGCUAUGAUCGAGCCGGGGGAUCGAAUGAGACGGAAUUUCUUCUUUUCGAAUCCUAUAGAGGUCACGUCUGAUAUCAGAGUGGUGGCUGCUGUGUGGGGAUUGCAGCCUGUUCCUGAGAAGGUGUUUCGCAGGGCUGUGACAGAGAGGAAGAAGGUGCCUUGUAGUAAUGAAUUCUUUGGGAGGGAUGGAUGGGGUGGGAGGCUAAAAACUCUUCAGGUGUUCUUGCAGAAUGGGCAUACGGGGGAGUGUGCUUGUGUGAGUGAGAAGGAGGGGAAUGUCCUUGAGAUGCCGACUAUUUGGCCAGAACAUUAA